AUGACAAAUUGUCAGGAAUCGGAUGGAUGCGAUACAGGAGCUUGUGAGGGAUAUCCAGAAGGUCCCUGUUUAACUCCUCCAGAAUAUCCAUACACGAUGGCUCUCUUCACAUUAGCUGAUUCAACUGGAUUUUUCCAAAAUGAUUACUAUAAAGUCUCUGCAUUUGGUGGAUUCAAUUGUGACAUUGCUAUCUCUCCAAUAGAAGGAACGUUUCGGCACGAGAUCAACAAUCCGAAAUUCUGUCAAGCGACGACUAAAUGUACCCGAAAUUUGUUGAUCUUUUGCCCCGAUAAUCUUCGAUGGGACGGUUUAUGGCCUUUGGUUGGUUGUCUUCCCGGCGGGAGUGAUGAUUGCAACAAGAGCGGAGAUGAGGGAUUUGAAUUUUACAGACACUAUUGUCCAACUUCUUACAUUGACAAAUGUGAUGAACGAACUUCGGAGUUUCAAUGUGGAGGAGUGGACGGGCCGGGGACAAGUGCCGAAUAUCUCGUUGAAAUCGACUGUCCACCUUUA